CCGCCCACUCUCUCUCUUUCUCUCUCCCUCUGUCGACUCCAUUUUUGCAGAACCAACUCCUCGAAUUCGGCUCCAGUUUGAUUGUUCUGCUGCUUGUUACACCAUCUGCACCAACGCAAUGCUCCGUCUGGUGUCCGGGCGCGUGAGCGGCCUCUUGGCCAGGCGCGUAACCCCCGCUGUGUGCACGAGCAGCGCGAGACCGGCGAGUCACGGCCACGCUCCAGAUGUGUCCCCGGCCGUGGACAUGUCUAGACCCAUGUACUGGGACAGGAGAGACGUUCCUCUGCCUGAUCGUCCCUUCCGAGACGAGCUGAGUGCUGGAGACAAGAGUCUAAAGGAGAAGGAGAAGGGCUCCUGGAAACAGCUGAGCAACGAGGAAAAGAUUGCACUGUACCGCCUGUCAUUCAAUCAGACAUAUGCAGAGAUGAAACGUCCUUCAGCUGAGUGGAAGACUGUUCUGGGAGGGGUCUUCAUCUUCCUUGGGUUCACAGGACUCGUUGUGUGGUGGCAGAGAGUCUACGUGUACCCUCCCGCCCCUCGCACCUUUGACCCUGAGUGGCAGCAGAAGCAGGUGCAGAGGAUGUUGGACAUGAGGGUGAAUCCUGUGGAGGGAUUCUCUGCCAAAUGGGACUACGAAAAGAAACAGUGGAAGUGACCUUUCACAUCAGGGUCAGGGGUCAAAGGGCAGCUCCAGGGGUCAGCCGUGAAACCUCUCAUUCAGAGUCCUGUUCUAAACGUUCUGUGAAAAUGUUCUGUGCCACUUUAAUAAACCGUCCUCUGUAAAUGUGUGUUCUAUUCAAACACUGGUAUGGAACCCUCCAACAGUACGAGGCUCCACCCACAAAGCUCUGCCCACAAGCCUGUGUCACCCAUGCUCCCCCACAAUCAUUCUCCAUAAAUGCUGUAUAUAAAACCAUGAUACAAAACUCUACUAUACUUCACAUCAAAUUUGUCAAGUUGCUACUUGACAAACGUGUUUGCAACUGCAUAUAAGUGCAUCCCACUAAUAUGCAGUAGUUUCAUUAGUGGGACGCAUGCUGAUUGUGUUGAUAGUGCUCUGAAGAGGGAGUGGCUUAGCACAGAAAGCAAGGGGGGGUACACGCUGAUUGCAUUGGAGGAGUGACUAGUUUCUUGGAGAAAAGGUCUUUUUAAAAAUGUAUUAAACUAGGAAAAUUCCAGUGAUUUUCAAAGCCUGUUGUUCAUGUCUUUAGUGCAGAGCAAACGGGAAGAACACAGGCAGAACACGCAAACUCCACACAGACACGGUGAGACUACACAGGGGACCAGGCUCCGGGUCCGACUGAGACAGGUAUAAACAAAAGAAACACACUAUUUCACUGUUUUAAUGUUUUAAUAUCAGAGUUUACAUGAUCGUCUCAGAUUCCAGGGUUUGUCCCAAACAUGAGCCUCGGGUCGAUCGACGAGCUAGUUUUUACAUCACGUAUAAAUAAGUCCAAUCUUUUAAAUAUGUCACUAAGCUAACACGCUAAGCUAACCGUUUAAAUAAUGUUUAUUAAAAAAAACCAAACUCUGUCCACAGGAGUUUAAUGAGCAGAAGAGACUGUUCAGUUGUGUGGUGUUAUCCUUUAAACACGAACAGAACCAAACUGUUUUUUUCUUUGUUUUAAUAUUAAAUUCUUUCAUUCUUCAA